GAAUGGCGAAGCGGCCCCCAACUUCUCAAAAAUUUCCUAUGGCGUGUUGUCCAACUCCCGUUAACAACCAAAACACUUAAAACCAGAAAAUAUAGUUGUAAACCUAAUAAGCCCAACGAGAAGGCGGCCUUUAGGAGCGAAGGGGAGAAAAGCAGCUAAGGUUUUCUUUCUCGGUAUUAUUACGCUAAAAUUUGGGAGAAAUUUAGGGUGAAGAAGAGACGCAUUCAUCACCCCUUGGCGCCGAUUUGUCUUGUGUUUCAGUGGUUUCUACUCAACUUCUUCAUCACCAAAUUCGGCAGGACCACAACAGCUAGCAGCAUCUGAUUAAUUGUGAAAAAUUCAGAAUUGCUGUGGACCAAAAUUUCCCCCAGGUGGAUUUGCUCCUACGCUAAAGGAUCUUUUAAAAAACUUGUGCCAACAAAAGUGGUUUCCUGGCAAUGGAUAAAAUAACUAGUAGUAUUAGUCAUUCUAGCGAGUCUGUUCGUUUUAACAAAAAAAGGUCCAGGGGAGGAGAUGGCAAUCAUAGGCCCAACAAGAAGCUUGGAGUUAACAAACUUGAUCCUGUGAAUACCGUUUCCUAUGUUCAGAUUUUUGGGAAUGGUAUGGAUACUCAGGACACAUCACUAUCGGUGCUAUUGUUUUUUGACAAGCAGAGAUUUAUAUUUAAUGUUGGGGAAGUUCACCCAAUGGAUGUACUUGGCCCUUCUGUUCCUGCCCCUUUAGUAUUGAUAAUGGAUUGAUCUACGCUGUUGCAGCUACAAGAGUUACUGUCUGUACAAAGUCUUUCGUUAUUAUGUUGAUACAGUUGAAAAUGUACCAAAAAUUUCGAAAAAUGUGAAUUGUAUAACCUACGCACAUCACAAACACGUCUGAUUAUCAAAUAUUGAUGUCAAAAUUUGGUGCAGCUCAGCAUAUCAUGGCAGGGAAUGAAAUGAAGGAUAUUGAAGUGCUUAUUUUAAAAGCAAGUGCAAGAAUUGCUACACGACUUAACAACUCGUGUUGUCAAUUGUUUUCAGCUCUUGGUUUCUGGUCUCUUAAAUGCAUGCCUUCUGGCUUGAAGGCAUCAAAUGAGGAUCUCACAUCAAGAAUCAAUGAAACCAAUCCAGCAAAGAAUCUUCUCAGUUUAUGUGUGGAACAGUUCCAUUUGCGUCCCUACACAAAUCUGGGACUUGACAAAUCUGGUAUACCAAAGUUGACGUCUCCCUCAACAAUCAUUGAUGAAUUACUAUCAGAUAUUCCUAAGAUUCUAGAUGAGUCUCAAAACUUAAACCAGUUGUGGUUAGGAAAUGGAGAGAAGAUAUUUGUGCAAGCUAAUGGAGUUAUGACUGAAGAGCUAUCGUUGCAUGAUAGUGCACUUCCAGGCUGUCUGGAAGAUGUAUCUAGAGAUGAUUUGGAGAUCGUUUUUCUCGGGACUGGUUCAUCUCAGCCUUCAAAGUAUCGAAAUGUUAGUUCCAUUUUCAUCAAUCUUUUCUCGAAAGGAAGUUUACUUUUAGAUUGUGGUGAAGGAACGCUGGGACAACUAAAAAGAAGGUUUGGCAUUGAAGGUGCUGAUGAAGCAGUAAGAUGUUUACGAUGUAUUUGGAUUUCCCAUAUUCAUGCAGAUCACCAUACAGGUCUAGCUAGGAUACUUGCUCUUCGAACGAAUUUGUUGAAGGGAAUACCUCAUGACCCUCUGAUUGUUAUUGGCCCUGUGCAGCUUAAGGGAUAUCUUGAUGCAUACCAGAGACUAGAGGAUCUAGAUAUGCUGUUUCUUGAUUGUGAGUAUACGAAAGAAGCUUCACUCAAGGCUUUUAAUUCAAAUGAGGAUGGAUAUACAAAUUCACUAGAGGGACAACAUAGUGAUUUUAUGAUGUCUGAUGGAAGAGGUCGUAUGCAAAGCUGCUCGAAGAGGCAAAGAAUUCCUGUCCAGUAUGCUGAUGCCGUUCCAAUCCUCAAGUCCUUGAAGAAGGUUCUUGUGGAAGCUGGAUUAGAAACAUUAAUAAGUGUUCCUGUUGAACACUGUGAACCGGCAUUUGGUGUCGUAUUGAAGGCUGCAAAUAGGAUCAAUAGAGUUGGAAAAACGAUACCUGGGUGGAAACUUGUGUAUUCUGGUGAUACGAGGCCCUGUACCGAACUAAAACAUGCUUCAUGUGGAGCAACAGUUCUUAUACACGAGGCUACAUUUGAAGAUAGUCUGUCGAAGGAGGCUGAAGAAAAAAAGCACAGCACUAUAAAAGAAGCUGUGGAAGCAGGCAACUCAAGUGGAGUGUAUCGCUUAAUCCUCACUCACUUCAGCCAACGAUACCCAAAAAUUCCCAAAUGUGAUGGAAAAAUUCAGAUGCAUAAUAUGUGCAUUGCUUUCGAUAAUAUGAGUGUUAACUUAGCAGAUUUGCCUGUUCUUCCAAAAGUCGUGCCAUCCCUAGAACUCCUGUUUGGUGAUGAGAGGAUUACGGAAGAUGUAAUUGAUGCUUAAUUUCUUAUUUAAAUCCUUUUAUUUGAAUUUGGAGUGUUGGUUAGUAGUUAAAUACUCGUAGAUUGAGCCAAAGCUUCUUGUUCUCAAUUUAAAUUGCAUUUCUACAUGAAAACAACAGUUUUGACUCGUCUAAUACAGUAGGUAUUACAAGA